AUGGCGACAGACAAAGACGACCGAGCUCGAGGACGUCACCCUACAACAACGAAGCCACGCGACCGACACGCCGCGAUUGAAACCAUCCGCAUCCACGACGACCCCAAGCCAACAACAAGCACAAGCCAGAAGACCGCAGACCAGGAGACUGCAGACCAGAAGACCACAGACCAGAAGACCACAGACCAGAAGACCACAGACCAGAAGACCACAGACCAGAAGACCACAGACCAGAAGACCACAGACCAGAAGACCACAGACCAGAAGACCACAGACCAGAAGACCACAGACCAGAAGACCACAGACCAGAAGACCACAGACCAGAAGACCACAGACCAGAAGACCACAGACCAGAAGACCACAGACCAGAAGACCACAGACCAGAAGACCACAGACCAGAAGACCACAGACCAGAAGACCACAGACCAGAAGACCACAGACCAGAAGACCACAGACCAGAAGACCACAGACCAGAAGACCACAGACCAGAAGACCACAGACCAGAAGACCACAGACCAGAAGACCACAGACCAGAAGACCACAGACCAGAAGACCACAGACCAGAAGACCACAGACCAGAAGACCACAGACCAGAAGACCACAGACCAGAAGACCACAGACCAGAAGACCACAGACCAGAAGACCACAGACCAGAAGACCACAGACCAGAAGACCACAGACCAGAAGACCACAGACCAGAAGACCACAGACCAGAAGACCACAGACCAGAAGACCACAGACCAGAAGACCACAGACCAGAAGACCACAGACCAGAUGACCACAGACCAGAAGACCACAGACCAGAAGACCACAGACCAAACGACCACAAAGCGUCGCGACUGA